AAGCCACAGUGAGUGAGAGAGAAGUCGAGGGAGCAUUCGUUAUCUAUCUGUUUCGUCGUUCGAGCCUUUAUUGAUUACGUGAGAUACUGCAGCCUUCAGCAUUAUGUUCAAGAAUGAGGAGGACCAGGAAUGGUAAUGCUUCAAAUACGACUCUCCGUUAUUCUACUGCUUUUCAUGGCAGCACUAUCAUACAGUGCCAAAAACAACCGAAAGCCACUGGACGAUGAUCCACCUAGGCCAACAGAUGUCCGUAGGUUGAUAGGCUCAGGUCGCAGACGUAGAGCUCUGAAGGAUGGCCCACCAUAUGACCAGCUGUACAUAACGAAUCCUAGUCCUUACAUAUUAGCAGAGGUUUUGAAGGACCUUGGUGGAGGACACGGAGGUUUGUGCCAUGUCCUUGUGUAUUAUGACCCAAAAGCAGCAUCACAAGAUGAUCUUGCUACCCUACAGAAAAUGUUAGAUUCACCUGCAAUCCUUAUAGACGUUUCAAAAUUGAAAUUUUCUUUGAUCACAAAAUCGCAGCGUGAUGUUCCCUUACUAGAUUUACUGUCCAAUCGACCAGAUCAGCGAUGUCGUUUACUAUUGGCAUGGUCCUCUCCAAAUUACCAGCGAGGACUACUUCUCAUCCUAAGAGCUGAGCAGGGUAUCUUAGGUCACAAAGACACAGUCAUUCUUCCUGUUGAAGAUCAUCGUCUUGAUCGCUUCUUACCCCAGCUCAAGCGUAGAGUUCUUAUAAAAAAACGAGGGUCUAGAGCAGGCCGUGAUCGCCGUGAGUUGUUGAAUUCUAGGUAUUUGGUUGAGGGAGUGUGUGAAGCAUGUACAAAGUAUACUUUGCAGCAGUUGGGGGAAUGGAGCCAACCAACUGGUUGGAUAUGGGGUGGAUCAAGCGUAAAUAAAAUGGGGUUAUCAGGAGCUAGUGUGACAGUAUCAUAUACUCCAUCAGUACCCAAUGUUUUUGUUUUAGAAAAUCAAAACAAUGACUCACUUGUACUUGAAGGAGUUGAAAUGCGCUUAUUAGAUUAUGCUGCACAGGCUCUCAACUUCUCCUAUCGCUUAGUUGUUCCUGAAGAUGGUGAAUGGGGUAGGCCUCUGAAUGGUACCUGGACAGGAAAGGUUGGAGAGGUAAUAAAAGGAAAUGCUGAUAUUGCAAUUGGUGGCAUUGUGUAUACAAGGGAGCGUGCUGAAGUAAUUGAAUAUUCAAUCCUGUUCCACAAUGAACUAUGGGGCAUUGUUUGUCCACUUUCUGUUCGGCUACCUGUCUGGCCUUACAUCAUGUUCCCAUUCAGAACUGAAUCUGCACCAACUGUAUUCAAGUUUCUUGUUAUUUUCCACGUAAUGGCCUUUUUAAUAGUAUCUUUAAUGGGCAUUCAAGAAGAGACAUACCCUCAACAUCCACUUUCAGAGUCUAUAUAUAUAACUGUAAAAACGGGUAUCGCACUUUACUUAAGGCUAAUGGCUUGCCUCUACUUUUGGAAUCUUUUUUUCUGUCUCAUGAAACCAAAAUAUGAAGAACCCAUAACCAACUCAAUAGCAUUGCUCCAAAGUGGGAAACACUGGGGGAUUGUUAGUGGGACAACAGUAACAAGGGUAUUAUCUACAUCUUUAAGCCCGGGCCAUUCUGAAUUGGCAGCAAAUGCCAAACCCUUAGAUUCAAUUGGUGAAGGUUUCCAGCAGUUAAGAAGUGAUGGCCUUUGUCUUGUUGGAGUACCUAAGAGAUAUGCACAAGCUACUAUUGCUACAAGACAUACAACUGAAUGUGGUGAACCUGGUUUGCAAAUAAGCGACGAGGACCUGAACUCGGUACUUGGUGGAUGGAUAUUUCCCUAUGGUUCGCCCCUAAAAGAUCCAGUCAACUCUAUCAUCAGUCGUUUACAAGGGUUUGGGUUUAUAGAACACUGGCGGAAGGAAUUACAUCUAAUGCUGCUAACAAAAGGGCCUCGAGACUUGCCUUGUCUUAACCCACCUUUAAGUGCACUUACUGUCAUGGAUCUUCGCCUUGCCUUUUUGAUUCUUCUUAUAGGAUGGAGUACUGCCUUCCUUGUUCAUAUUGCUGAGCAUGUAAUGUUUUAUAUGUAUAAUCCAAUGAGGCAGAUUAAUAUCAUCAGACGUUCGGAUGUCCAAAACAAUGUUAGACAAAAUACAAAUAUAGAUAGUGCAGUGAACCAUAACACAAUAACACCACGCUCUAUUAAUUACAGGGGUAAUAUAAGUAAUAUUAAUAAAAAGGUACCUCAUGAUGCAAGGAAAACAGAUGAAAUUGUAUCAUCCAAGGAUGACUCCCCAAGGCACACAUACAAAAUACACCAUUGGCUUAAAAAUGUUCUAACUCCAACAGAGAAAUUAGAUAUCACUAAGAAAGAAAUACAGUUCAGAAGACAACUGAACACUAUUCUGAAAGAUAUGUGGGGAAUCACCCCCAAAUGACAUCAAGCCCCAGAGACGAAGGAUGCAUGGUCUUCGCCUCUGGGGCAAAAGCGGUCAAAAGCCAAUAUGAAACGGCCCUUUCCCCCACCAGAUUUAAAAGCUAAUAUGAAGUGUACACAACCUAUUCCAGAGUUAAAGGUUGAAUUAAUAGACGUAAAACAAAAAGCAGGUCAAACAGGGCUAGAGAGCCCAGAGCUUACAGAGUUUGGGGUACGUCCACCAUUUAAACCAAAAAAUGUAAGACAAGAAGAGGGUGAAAAUCCAUGGACUGUGUUCACUAUACUUUCUUCAAGAAUUCCAAGACGGCCAAAUGAAGAUCUUAUACAGCACAAGAAAAGUCAGUCCCUUAAGAUACGUUGUUCUCCUAAACAGCGCAUCUCCAGAACGCUUUCAUCACCUGCCCAACAUACCAAAGCCCCUGUUAUCCUUAGAAGUGUCGUUAAUCCUCCAAACAUUCCUACUUCAAAAGAAGAUGAGAAAAUGGUAGAAGCAACCAAACAUCACCCUGAUCUGUCUCCUAGAGCUCUGGUAUAUGUUACAGAUUCCUCCUCAGAAAAUGAGGAUGAUUGUGUGAUGAGCGACAUCGACGAUGAAAACAUAUAAAAAGGAAUCAGAGAAAACGGUGGAGUCAGCAACUGGAUGGGGGACUUCGUGAAAGGAAUGUUUCAUAAUCCAUCAUAUUUCGCCAAAAAAGGAAAAUAUUAAAAGAAUUUGAAUCGAGGUACUUGAUGGUAACUAAGUAAAUUGUGGAAGCAAGUAGGCUUUAUCAUGAACUAGAGUAAAAGGUUAUCAAAUGAUGUACAAGAAAUGCAAUGCCUCAACAUAAUUUCUCUGAAAUAUUCACGCCUGUUAGUCUAGGUACUAGGAACGAUAAUUAAAAGAGUUAGUUUUUUUCGUUUGUUUUUUCAUUAAGUAGUCCACCUUGAGAGCUCCUAAGUAGUCUGUUACAAAGACUACUACGCAUCAAAUAUAGUAUCUAUUCUUAAGAAAGUACAAAUUUCCUGGGUUUUUUAAUGGAGAAGCGUAGCAUGCGUCGCCUGGGAGUUUUUACCUUUCAUUGAAAAUUGUUAGUACAAAUUUAACAUUCGACCACCAUUUCAUGCAACUGAUCUUCAGCAGCAAAGACUCUAUACCAGAUGUGGGAGAGGUUAAACUUGACUAUGCAGUAUACAUAUGCAUGAAGGAGGGAAGCAAGUCAUUAUAGCAAAGGGAGGUCGAUGGUGGGGACUGACAAAUUAACAUUGCAUAAAGGUCGAGGCGAUGGAAAUGGUCGGGUGGACAACCAAAGCAACAUACUGGGGUGAAGACUGAUAUUCCAUAUUUAUGAAGUUUACUUAUUACCGCGACACAGCUACACUGCAUUUUUUUUUUUUUUUUUUUUUUUGAUGGGACCUAGACGUGGUAUAGCUAUCCAAAUAUAUAUAUACUGUUUUUAAAUGAAAAACAUGUACUUAAGUAUUUUCAAACUAAAAAGAAAUUUGCACUAAAAAACAUUUUGGUUAAAUGUUAAGUCAAUGUAACGGAGGGAUGCAAUAGCUAUAUUCUGGAAGCGAAUGACUUGAAAGGGUAACCAAACCUGAAGAGAAUUCGCCUCCCAACGAUGCCUGUGAGAUUACCCUAUGAAUAUGAAAACCACAAACCUGCAUCUUGGCUGCUGAGACUUGGUCCUCAUUCCUCCCCCGAAAAGGUCCCUCAUUCGGAUCCCUAUCUCUUCCUAUUCUACCUUCACUUGUCACUAGUUACGAGAUCCACCUUUGGUGGAAUAAGGGCGAAAAUCAACUCUUCCAUUUUUACGUACUCCCGUUAAGGAACAAACAAACAAAUUCAGCCAAAAAUAUAACCUCCUUGUCGGAAGUAAAAGAGAGGACUCGCAGGAGGUAUAAGGAAGUCUCACGCGUUUUCACAAUGAGGAGGAUUGCCCAACUGUAAGCAUUAAAGCCCCUACGCAUGGCUGGGCAGUGGGCAUCUGGUAACAUAAAACUCGAAAAAAUACCGGACUCCCGAAGGUCCACAGGGUUUUGAUUGGAGGUGAAGUUUAUUUCGACCACUGUUAGUGUUUCGCUCUUCGAUUUAACCAUAUUAAUAAAAUAAUGGCUAAACGUUAUUCGACUUGACAUACCCGACUCAUAAGGGCAGCACCAAAAUCAAUGGAGGCGGAAGAUGACUGCCUAGACCGAAAGCAAACAUUGCUAGUGUAAAGGGGUGUGGAUAGGCGGGACGGGGAGUGAUUAUCGUAGACAACGUCAGCCGUUCAUUACCGGUCAUUCAAAAAUCUUGGUAAGCUUAGUAUACAUCUGGCAACUCUGCACGAGUCACAUAAUAUUCCUGUAUUUCAGCCAACAGAAAGCUCUAGGCAAUCAUGACUGGGAAACAAAAGUCACUAGACGUGUAAACACUAGACAAAAUACGUUUGCCAAUCGACACUGUAAUGUUAAACAAGUUAUUUCUAGUAUAAUUUGGUAACAUUACUGGAGUUGCCAGUGCCUCCUAAACUUGCCGUGAUGUGAGACAAAAUUUUGAUUUCUGUUCUAUUCCACAAAGACCCCUUACUUUUAAAAUGUACAUAUGAAUAGAAUAUAUAGAUUUAUCAUAGAUACGAACAGAAAAUAUAGAUAUACUAUAAGAAAUAUAUUGAUGCAUUAUACAUAGAGUAUAGACAUAUCUGUGAUAUAUAUAAAUAUAUAUAUAUAAAUACUAUAUAAAUGUAUUAAUCAUGAGUACUUAUGUAGGUCACUCUAGUUGUUGAAGCAUUGCAUGAAAAGAUAAACUACAUGAUCGUUACGGCAA